AAACGGUCGAGUCGAGUCGGGUCGGGUCGUGUACCUUUUGCCACGAAUGUUGUGCCAGUCAGGCUCUAAAAGGCCUUACGAGAACAGCUGAGAUUUCGCUGCUCCGCAUGACGCAAAGAUACUGAAAUUCAAAAAUUUUCAAGUCUUUAAGAUAUUAUAUCUCUCGUGUGUGUGCGCCGAGCGGGAAAUUAAUAAGCAAAGAUAAAAAUAUAAAUAAACCAAGUGUUUUGUUAGUGAAGUUUGUUGAAAUGCUAAUGGCAUUUGCAUCAUAAAAAUUAAAUUAAAUAAUUCAUUUUAUUUAAUUAAAAAAAAGAAAUUCUUAACGAAAACGCGGCUGACAAAUAUUUUUGCCAAGGAUAAAAGGAUACCAAAUAGAGCCCAGGACUCUAUCGAAACCAAAAGUGUGAACCGUACCAAGUGCGUACAAAGUGUAUUCCAGCAAUUAUCCCACGUGUUCCGACCCGGCCGCCAAAAUUAUUACGCACAAUUCGCUGAGCGUGUACGGCGGCGGCGUCAUGUGCGCCUCCCCGUCCACGGCUCCCGGCUUCUUCAAUCCGCGCCCGCAAUCCGGCGCGGAGCUGUCGGCCUUCGACCUCGGUCUGUCCCGCUCGAUGGGCCUGGGGGUACCGCCGCACAGCGCCUGGCACGAACCGCCGGCCUCCUUGGGCGGUCACCUGCACGCCGCAUCAGCCGGACCCGGUACCACCACCGGCAGUGUGGCGACUGGCGGCGGCGGUACUACGCCAAGUAGCGUGGCCAGCCAACAGUCGGCGGUGAUCAAACAGGAUCUAUCCUGCUCCAGCCUCAAUCAGGCGGGAUCUGGCCAUCAUUCCGGCAUCAAGGAGGAUCUGUCCAGCCUGCCCAGUGCCAAUGGUGGUUCCGCCGGUGGUCAUCAUUCUGGUUCCGGAUCGGGUUCCGGUUCGGGAGUCAAUCCCGGACACGGCUCCGACAUGCUGCCCUUGAUCAAGGGCCAUGGCCAGGACAUGUUGACCAGCAUCAAGGGACAGCCCACGGGUUGCGGCAGCACCACUCCGAGCUCACAGGCCAACAGUUCCCACUCGCAGAGCAGCAACAGUGGAUCCCAGAUCGACAGCAAGCAGAACAUCGAGUGCGUCGUCUGCGGCGACAAGAGUUCCGGCAAGCACUACGGACAGUUUACCUGCGAAGGCUGCAAAUCUUUCUUCAAGCGCUCAGUGCGUCGCAAUCUGACAUAUUCAUGCCGCGGCAGCAGAAACUGUCCCAUAGAUCAACAUCAUCGCAAUCAAUGUCAAUAUUGCCGAUUGAAGAAGUGCCUCAAAAUGGGCAUGAGACGCGAAGCUGUCCAACGUGGACGCGUACCACCCACUCAGCCCGGUCUGGCCGGCAUGCAUGGGCAAUACCAGAUCGCCAACGGGGAUCCCAUGGGCAUUGCCGGCUUCAACGGGCACUCGUACCUCAGUUCCUACAUCUCGCUGCUGCUGCGGGCAGAGCCGUAUCCCACAUCCCGAUAUGGCCAGUGCAUGCAGCCCAAUAACAUCAUGGGCAUCGACAAUAUCUGCGAACUGGCCGCCCGACUGCUCUUCUCGGCGGUUGAAUGGGCCAAGAAUAUACCCUUCUUCCCUGAGCUGCAGGUGACCGACCAAGUGGCCCUGCUUCGACUCGUCUGGUCGGAGCUGUUCGUCCUGAACGCCAGCCAGUGCUCCAUGCCGCUCCAUGUGGCGCCUCUGUUGGCCGCCGCCGGACUGCAUGCCUCCCCAAUGGCCGCCGACCGUGUGGUGGCCUUCAUGGACCACAUCCGCAUCUUCCAGGAGCAGGUGGAGAAGCUGAAGGCCCUGCAUGUCGACUCCGCGGAGUACUCCUGCCUCAAGGCGAUCGUGCUCUUCACCACCGGUAAGUUGCUGGACAUUCUUUACAAGGAUGUACCGGCGCUUCUCACCAAGGUUUCAGCACUGCUUGGCAAGGGUUCCACUGCGUCCCAUGACGAUAUCCUGGCUGUGGUGCGUGAGCACCUGGACGAACUGAACCGUUUGGAGGCGGAGUCUAAUGCUCAGCAGCAGGCUCCACUCCACCUGGCCGCCUUCAUGAAGAGUGUUGCUGGCGUUGAGGCUGCAGUGCAGCAGGCGGAGCAGGCUCAGGUACCCACAUCCUCAGCUGCCUCCGUCUCUGCUCCUCUCGUUCCCUCCGCUGGCAGUGCCUUCAGCAGCUGCCAGGCCAAAUCCGCUGGUUCAGAGAUGGACCUGCUGGCCAGUUUGUAUGCCCAGGCUCAGGCCACGCCCCCUAGCAGCGGUGCAGGCGAUACCUCUGGUCACAACAACAGUAGUGGGCUGGGCGCCUCGCUUCCUACUCAAUCGCAAAGCGGUUCGUCCUCCCGCAACCUAACCGCCUCGCCGCUGAGUACUUCGCUGGCAACCGCUCCCGCUCCUGCUUCCGUUUCCGCUCCCGCUCCAGCUCCCCAGAUCCCAACCUCCUCGGCGGCUCAACUCCAUGUUCCCGCUCCCGUUCCAGUGUCCUCCGCCUCCUCCUCAUCGCUGGGUGGUGGAGCAUAUCAGACGCCCUCGGCUGCGGCGGCGGCAGCAGCCAUGUUCCACUAUCAAACGCCACCGCGCGCCGCCUUCGGUUCGGCCUUCGAUAUGUUCCACCACAGCACACCCUUCGGAGUGGGAGUAGGUCAUGCCCAUGCCCUCGCUCAUUCGAGCGGCAGCGGCAGUGCGUCCUUCGGCAGUCCUAGUUACAGGUACUCGCCCUAUAGCCUGGCCGGUAGUAGAUGGCAGUUGUAGGAUCUCACAGAACUCGAAUCCCCUGUACUGUAAAUUGACUUGUAUCUAAAUCUUUAGUGUUAGGUAAACCUAGAUCAUCUGUAAAUGUGUACUUAAUUUAGUGCCUAUUGCUAGUUCUUUACUUAUUUAUUGCCUUAAACUAAGUAUAAUUUAUUCUAGCGGUAAAUAGCUUAGACUCGUUUAGUGAACUUUGCCAAAAAACUUGAUAAAACAAAGAAUCGAUGAGGGAGGAGAAGAGAAAGAAUAUUAAGAAUAUAUAUAAAGCUGUUGCUGUUAAACAAAAAUGUAAUCCUGGCUUGUGUUUUUACUCGUUAUCGCUUACUAAUGCUUUACACUGCUUGUUGACUAAUUUUUAGUUUAUUAUUGAUUUGUUUAUUUAUUUUUGGUUAACUAACCCAAACUAACCCUGCUUCUUAGUUAAGCUUUAACUAUGAAGUUUACUUUGCAUUUGCGAGUGAGAUCCUACUAGCAGUUGUUGAAAACAAUCUAAGGCUAUAGAGAUUAUUUUGGAUCUACUGUUGAUCAAAAGAAAAAUAAGUAUAAAACUUUGUUAAAACUUUUUUAGUUUUGUGUAUUUUAUUGUGAGUUCUUAACCUUAACCUAAAACAAUGAUCAAGUUGUUUUUAUUUCUUAGAGAUAAAGACAACUUCAACAUUGUUAUUUCUAAUCAAAAGUUAAAGUUUGUAAACUAUGAUGGAAUGGAAUUAAUUUCUUUAAUUUUUGAAGAAGUGAUCUCCACUCCAUCGUAUUCUUAAAUUAAAGGCUGCACUUUUUUAAACACUUCUUAAAAUAUUAUUAGAAAACUAACUAUUUGUUAAAGAGCCUCAAUCUUUUUCCAAAAAAAUAAUUGAACUGAAGAAAACCUAAUAAUCAUCUGCCUUAGAUUCUUAAAAUGAUGAACUAAUUCUGAUUAAGAAACUAAGGCCCAUCUCUAACCCAAGGUAUUGGAAUCUUUAUUUCUAUUUUCAGCUCGCUGGAAAGCUUUUAAUUUUGUUGAAUUUUUCUUAACAUCAUUUCAGCAAAUUUAACAGUUUUCCGUUGCAUAAAACAUCCAUUUAUUUAACACUAAUCUUUUCACAUUUUUAUUUCAUUUUUUUUACAAAAGCUAUUCACACAAAAAAUAAACAAAAUUUAAUCUCAUCCGCACGUGGCAACAAAACUCUGGACUUUGGGAUUGCACACACUCACACUCACACACACACACACUUGCACAUCUAAAACAUGUAUUACGCACACAAAUAAAUCACAACAGCUUAUAUGCGAAUAAUUUAAAUAUUUUUAAAGCCUUAUACCUUAUACAUACUUAUUUUUAGAGAAUUAGGUUCCACGCGAAAUAAAUCACUGAAGUUUUGUAUGCAAAUAGAGUGAACUGAGAUUUUCUUUGACUUUAGCCUAAGCUAAGUUUGCAAUUAAGUGUAAGUUAGCUAUCUUAAGUUAAGGGUAUUAAAAGUUGAGAUUUUGAUUUAGUGCCCGCUCCUCUAUCACCCCUUUUCUCGUGUCGUGUCAACCAGCUGUCCAAAUCCACGUCGCAAUUGUUUUUCCGCUGAUCUGCACUGAGCUCGGCUUACAGAUAUCCCAAGUCCCCUCCUUCUCUCUGUGGCGACGUUUAUUGACGUCGAGAUACCACAUUAUGAACAUUAAUACAACACUCGUUUAUGUCGCUUACUUACAAGCCCGACUCCAGUCGACUGGCCAAUCGCCCAAUGGACCAAGUCCAGGCCUUGGCCAAACUUGCAAUGAAAAUAAUUUUACCAUUUCCAAAAUGCUGUGUGUGUCGCUUGGCCAAGCUACACUGGCAAACUACAAUGGAUUCCGCUUUUUCCUUUUAGUAACUUUCAACUUUUCAUAUAUAAACCCUGCAUUUUCCUAGUUUUCUUCAGUGUACACCAAGCUUAGCUAAACCCCACUCUUGAGGGGGCGUGUGUGGCGUGGAGUUCGUGGUCUCAGCCAGCGAGACUGAGACCCUGGACCGACUGGCAAGCUGCAAUUGCAUUUGAAUUGGCUGCAUGAGUCCAUAAACUGCAGCCGAUCAAUCGCUGCGCGGUCCCCGAUCCCCAAUCCCCGAUCCCCAAGCACACCGAUCCACAAAUACCCAAAUACCCAUGGUCUCCAGCCCGAAGAUUGUGGGAGACGAGACACGAUCGCGGUAGUAAAAUACCGGGUAUAGACUUACUAGAUCUUCUGCAGCGCAUUGACGACAUGUCUGCUGCUCCUCUUGGCUGCCAUUGCCCAUGUUACCUGGCUGGGAGCACCUCACCUUGCCGCAGUGCAUCUUCGGCCCCUCUGAUUGCUGUCGUUUGUUGCAGUUGUUAAGAGUUGUAGCUUUCAUGUCUUGGCCACACUUUUUGACCAACAUUCUGUGUGUGUUUUUCGCUGGCUGGCUGAAAGGCUGGAAGCGGAGUCUCGGAGCAGCCAGCUCAAAUCGUUUUGUGGCGCUCAUUGAUCGCCUGCGCUACUUUUCCCCUGAAAAUUGGCAACGACGUGGCCCAGAGGCCUGGGACUCUGGCAAUUAACAGUAACUUUUGGGCCGGGGCAGACGUCGUUGAUUAGAAUCAUUAAGGGCGCGUUUCGAUAUUAGGUUUUGGUUUUAACCUUAGGAUUGUCUGCCAUCCUUUAAGAGAGAGGGCCAAUGUUUGCCCAAGAUUUAGAUGCAGUCGAUAGAGCGGAACCCCUACUCAGCCUUCUUAGUCGCCACAGUUGACCCCACACGACCCGAUCCUUAUUAAAACUAAAUAAAGUUAUAACUGUUUCUGGCGGUCGCGGCACGAACUGCUUGGCCAGAACUGGAGCCAUAAAGAACACAAAUCUAAUAAAAUAUAAUGCAGCAAUUCAUAAUUUUGUUAAACAGUUUGGAGCCCCUACUCCUUGAAUGCUCCUUAUUCGAUAUGUCUGCUGGUUGGGCAACCAACUACUUUACGGUCAUUAUGCAUUUAAAACACGCGGUCACGAUCUCUACCUCGCUGAGUUAGUAACUGCGACGACCCAAAACCGACCGAAUACUGAAAACCGAAAACCAAAAACCAAAUACAAAAAACAAAUCGAAGCCUGGCUCGUCGUAGGGUACAUAACUACAAGUCGAAAACAGUUAACAAAAGCCAAAGCCAAAGCCCCUCGAGAAAGCUCCAAUCUGGGUAGUGCAUUUCUCCAGUGCUUCUCCAAUAUACCGCCUGCCUGCUCGACCUGUAAGUGGAAUGUCUUUCACUUUGGGCAUGCAACUCCUCCGCCGGUCGAGAAAUCGCAUCCCAGCUCCUCGUCAUCUCUACUGCAUUUCAAUGAAACCAAAAUUUUGUUUUACCCUGGCAUGGCACAGUUUCCCACCUCCUCCAUCUCCGGCGACGGCGACUGCUUCUCAGUUUUAUGAUUUCCCAUUUUGGAUCCCCGGAAUCCUCGGCCUGAGCUAAUGGAAAGUCAAUUGACAAUUAUGACCAUGGCCAAUGAAGUGAUUCGAUGAGCUUGCCGGACUGACCAUGUCUAAUUUGUAUCGCCAGAGCUUCACGAUUAUUACCCUUACCUCUUGUUCAUUUUGUUUAUGGCUCGUUGUUGGUUGUUGUUUAUGAAACCGAAUGGUUAAUAAUGGCUAAUUGAAUUCCUGUUGCCGCUGGCGACAAAUCAUUUAGCUUGAUUUACGCGCUUUGUGUGGGGGUAGAGUCUAGGAAAUUUAUAUGAUAACUUCGACUUAGCGUUUAAGUUUAUCUUUUGAGCCAAAGCCAAUCAUCGUACAGAUCUUGACUGGACAACAAGCUGCGGUUUUGGCUUUCCACUGACACUCGUCUUUUAUGGCCAGCUCAGAUUCGGAGUUGCGUGCAACCAAUCCGACCCAGAGAGCCAUUAACGACAUGCAGUCCAAGACCAAGACCCAAGACAGCUGGCCAUGCAAUCGGCAAUCGGAUAUAUGAGCUAAAAUCAUGAUGAUAUCGGUGGGCAAAUGGCAAAUGGCCCAAUCAUUAGCUCAGCUUGCUCGCCUGCAAAAUGAUAUAUCAGCUGCAGGUAUUUUCUUCAUUUUUUUUUCACCCGUUGAAAAUCCAUUGCCUUGCGUAAUAGAGUCCUCGUGUGUUCAGUGACUAAUUAAGCAAACAAAAUUUCAUAUGCAAUUUCGAAACGCCAUUCUUAACUGCAACACCAACAGCAAAAACAACAACAACAGCAACAGUCAUUUAAAAUGCUUUAAGCUAUGCAAAUUUACAAGUGCUGAUGUCUAAUUUGAAUUUCAAACAGUCACACACAAAGCACAAAAAUAUAUUUGAGUAUUAAAAGAAGCUAAAAAAAAAAAACUAUAUAUAUUGCCGUUUUGUUGAUGUUUUAACAGCGGCAAUUGAUAAGCAAACUUUUGGUGCCUGGCAAUUAACACUCGACGGCACACGCUGCGUAUGCGCAAUCCGGCAUUGCUGUAAUUAAAUACCAUGGCUUGCUGGCGCUGACAAGAUGGAAAACCCAUUCGUAUCGUAUCGUUUUCCCGUGGCCAGGGCGUUGUCUUUAAGCUUAAUUUUCCCGAAUUUAAUUAACCCAAGUGUUGUUCGCUCGUUCGGCUGCUGGUGUGUGUAUUCUCAGUAGAGCGACUUCAAUUGAACAUAAAUCAAGUGGACAUGACGUAAUCUCUUAGUUUCGUCAUCGAUCCACUGCUGUUUUGUUGUCUUGUGUUCAGCGCUCAACUCAACCUCAACUCAAUUGAACUGGGCUGAGUUGUGGGCGUGGCAGCGGCUCAUGUUCGGUUAUUGGUUUGACGUGACAGGCACUCGAGAGUUGGAAACUUUUCUGCCGGCGCCAGGUGAACUGCCCCAAAAGAGUAUCGACCAU